GCCCGGCGGCCGCUUCCCGCCCCCGAGCGGAGCCGGUGCGGAGUGGAGCCGGUACGGAGCGAGACCGAGGCGGCUGAGUAGCCGCGGCGCUCCCGCCAUGGCCCGGAACACACUGUCCUCACGCUUCCGACGAGUGGAUAUCGACGAAUUUGACGAGAACAAAUUCGUAGACGAGCACGAAGAGGCGGCAGCGGCGGCGGGCGAGCCAGGCCCCGACCCCUGCGAGGUAGACGGGCUCCUGCGGCAAGGGGACAUGCUUCGGGCGUUCCAUGCAGCCUUGCGGAACUCACCAAUCAACACCAAGAAUCAAGCUGUGAAGGAACGAGCCCAGGGUGUAGUCCUGAAAGUACUCACAAACUUUAAGAGCAGCGAAAUUGAGCAGGCUGUGCAGUCACUGGACAGAAAUGGCAUUGACUUGCUAAUGAAGUACAUUUAUAAAGGGUUUGAGAAGCCCACAGAAAAUAGCAGUGCAGUGUUACUCCAGUGGCAUGAAAAGGCCUUAGCUGUAGGAGGAUUAGGCUCCAUUAUAAGAGUUCUUACAGCAAGAAAGACUGUUUAAAAAAAAAAAAAAAAGAAUCCUGUUACCUUGAGAAGAAUUUUGGAUGCCCAGGCUGGUGAAGAAGGGACUGACAAUGGACCAUCUUCCUAGAACUCCCAACUAAAUACUUCAGGACACAUCUGCUGGAAUGUAUUUUACUUUUGAGGUGGAGGGAGAAAUUGUCUUAUUGAUUCCUAAAUUCUUUGCAGGAUCAGAAUGUCUGCCUUUGUCUACAGAGUAACACAAAACCAACACUUGACUAUCAGGCUGACUGUGACUAGCCAGAUGAUGUCAGGUAUACCUGUGAGCACUGUCUGUUUGAAAUGGGGAGGGACUGUUUGGGCAGGUGCAGAUCCAAGGGCUGUGGUAAAAAGGAAGAGCUUGGGUUCUGAAGUGGAAAACACCUGAGAGUUUGUACAGUCAUCCUGUCUUCUCAGAGAAGACAGGCUCUCUUGGGUUCACUGUAAAGUGCCUGCUGCAUCAAUAAAGCUCUUGUCUAUUCA